AGUAGCUAUCCCCACUCUAAGACCAUACUUGUACAUUUUUAACGUUUAACACCGAGAAAGUACUACUGUAAACUGUAAAAUCGGUAUUUUUAAAUGUAUAUGGUAUCCUUAUUGCUCUUAUAAUAAAAUUGUUUAAUAACUAUAAAAUUUCAUCGAAUUUUUUUUUAUAUUAUUACUUUCAUAAUUUCGUAACAAAUAUAAAUGUAAAAGAGAUCAAAAUGGUCCGGUAUUUAUUCUAUAUGGGUUAUAUUGGUACACGUUACAGAGGAGCGGCAAAACAAAUAGGUUGUGAAAGAUUAAUCGACGUAGAUUCAGUUCAAGGUGCAAUUGAAACAGCAUUAUCCACUACCUUAAAACCUAGAAGUGCAUGUUAUCCGAAGUAGAAUUUUGUGAUGAUGAAGAAUAUUUUAGAACAGAUGCAGGUGUUCAUGCACUUUUUAAUACUGCUCAAGUGGAUUUAGAGCACCCAACAGAUCCGUUUUAUGAUACAGAAACGAUCAUCCGAAGACUAAACGCAUGGUUUUCCCGGUGUGGUCAUGAGAUAAGGAUAACAUCAAUUUAUCCUAUUACAGACGAUUUUGAUCCUCGGAGAAAUGCUAAAUCACGAAGUUAUUUCUAUCGUUUAAUGGUUGCGAAAAAUUUCCAUGAGCAUAAAGUACCAAUUUCUGAAUUACAACGUGCUUGGCAUAUUAGAGGUGAAAAUAUUGAUAUUGACGCAUUAAGAAAUGCAACAAGACUUUUUAUGGGAACGAAAAAUUUUGAAACAUUUGCUGGUAAAAACCGUACAAAUAGAGAAAUAAGAUACGUAAGGAGUUUAAAUAGUUUAACUAUUGAUUCAGCAGCUCCUUUUAUGCCAUUUGACCCUUUAUCAGAUCGUUUCCAUUUUUGGCAUAUAAAUAUUAGUGCACGUGCAUUUCUCUACAAUCAAGUAAGAAAAAUAGUUGGAGCUCUGGUGGGUAUUGCUUCCGGUAUAAUUAAUGAACGAGAUAUUUUAACAAUGUUACACGUUCCAUCAAAUGUAAAUUGGGAUCCAAGAAUUCAAAUGGCACCACCUCAAGGAUUGUUUCUUAAAAAUAUUGAAUAUGAUCAAAAAGAAUUAGCCAACUGUAUUUUAAAAACCGAAGAUGCCCUACGACCAAGUAAAUUAUUAGCGAUCAUUAAUUAAUAAUAACGUUACUCAAGUUAUCUAAGUAAGGUGUAAUUUAAGUAAUCCGAUUAAUAUUGUUAAAUAAAAAUAAAAUGUUGUAUAUGACUUUUUAAAUUAUAA